UUGUGUGUUGUAACGACACGUGUAGUGGGCGUGGUUUAUGACGUCACAUAAUGGCGUGACACUUACGCCGCUGUUUAAUCAAGUUAUUCUCGUAUACACGCCAUUGAUGGUGAUAAUUGCCACCACACCGAUGUUUAUUUCGUCUAUUUCAAUAUUACGGUUGUCAAGCAAAAAUAGAAAUUGUAUUAUUUAUCCAGUUAAACCCGAAAGUCUGUAAUCCGGCAUAUUAAGUAGUCCCGUGAAACAAAGUCAAACACAGCUCUCGCUCCUAUCAAAUUAUGAUGUUCGUAUGAAUAUUCGUAUGUAAUAAUUAAUCAAAUUAAUUAACCACGUUUGUUAUUUGGUUUACCAAUUGUAUUUAAGUAAAAUAGCGUGCUAAGGUUACCAAACGGCUACUACGUUGGGACCGCGUCACCUCCGUAUGUCCCUCCGCCACUGUUGUAGCAAAACAUUACGUUAUUUAGCUAGUAAUGAAUUGAAUUGUGUCGUUUAUAGCAGUAACUCAUAUUUAGUCUCUAGAAGUAACUCGUUUUUAAAGUACGUAGCCAAAAGUCAGCGGUUUUUAUACAUGAAAAGAACUUAUCUGAGAGUAAAUGGCAGUAAUGAAAACAAUAACACCACUUCAGUAGGAUGCCUGCUGUUCCUGGCCUGAAAAUCAGCCUGAAAAUGGGAGGAAAAGUCUCAUUAUUUUCUAAAGAAAUGUCUUCAGUCAUAAUACCAUUGUUUAGUGUCAACCCACACACAGCUGCUCCUGUGCGGGUCUCAAACCCCUCAGUGGAUCCCAGAUGUGUGUUUGGCGUUUCCCUGGAGACACUAAGGAAAAACGGGCUGAUGUUCCACGGAAUACCACUUGUCUUACGAGAAAUGGUGCAGUUCUUGGAGAAACACGGAAUGGAGUUUCAGGGUCUUUUUCAACGGUGUGGUUCUGUGGUGAAGAUCCAUCAGCUGAGGCAGCGGUUUGAUUGUGGCGAGAAGGUGAACCUGGAGCUGGAACAAGUGCCCAAUGUGGCUUCGCUGCUAAAACUGUUCUUUCAAGAACUUCCUGAACCCGUAGUACCGGAGUACCAACGCAGACGUCUGGUCCAGAGCUUCAGAGGCAGUACAGACGAGGCCGAGUUGAAUCUGUCCCUGAAAAAAAACCUUUGCCGCAUCCCGGACGACAACCUCACCGUCUUGUCCUACUUCACCAACUUCCUGUCGAGAGUCGCUGCUUACAGUCAGUUAAACCUCAUGACGGUGGAUAACCUCGCCACCAUCUUUGGACCUUGUAUCUUUCACGUUCCAGCAGGACCCAAGAUGCUGGAGGAGCAGAGAGUGUGCAACACCGUGUUGGUUCAUCUUUUCAGGAAGCACAAGAUCCUCCCCCGGCCUCCCAUCGUCUCCAGCCCGCCUUCUCCGAUGUCGUCAGCCCCCUUCUGAGAGCCCGUCCCUUAAGCUACAAGCCCUGGAGGCCGACACGGGACCCCCUCCUAACCCAGCGCCCGAGGACCCCAGGGACCAGAAGAACCCGCCAUCCCACCCGCUGCCUCUUUUGAACAGGGAGCCGAGCCUGCAUGCGGACCAC